CGCUUACAAGGUGAUGGAACAGUAUUUGAUCAGGAUUGGAGGCUGUCCAGCCAAUAAAGGCGAGGCCCCCUCGUCAGCAAAGGUUUGCUUUUUAACUCCUGGGUGACGCUGAAAUUGGAGGGCUUCCGGCCGGAGGCCAUUAGAUAGGACACCCGGAAGGCGGAAAUCUUAGGGCGGAAGUGGCCGAAAGAAGCGGAGAAUGGCGGCAGAGGGUUGGUUUUGGCGUUGGGGCUGGGGCCAGCGUUGCCCAGGGAGGCCUGGGCUUCCUGGCCCCGGCCCCAGCCCCGCUACACUUGUACAUAUUCUUAUGUUGCUGGGGCUGGUGGCUGCGGAUAUAACUGACGGCAACAGUGAACACCUCAAGCGGGAGCAUUCGCUCAUUAAACCCUACCAAGGGGUUGGUUCCAGCUCCAUGCCUCUCUGGGACUUCCAAGGCAGUACUAUGCUCACGAGCCAGUACGUGCGUCUGACCCCUGAUGAGCGCAGCAAAGAAGGCUCUAUUUGGAACCACCAGCCUUGCUUCCUCAAGGACUGGGAGAUGCAUGUCCACUUCAAAGUCCACGGCACGGGAAAGAAGAAUCUUCACGGAGAUGGCAUUGCCUUGUGGUACACCCGGGACCGCCUUGUGCCAGGGCCUGUGUUUGGAAGCAAAGAUAACUUCCAUGGCUUAGCCAUCUUCCUGGACACAUAUCCCAAUGAUGAGACCACUGAGCGUGUGUUCCCGUACAUCUCGGUGAUGGUGAACAAUGGCUCCCUGUCCUACGACCACAGCAAGGAUGGGCACUGGACUGAGCUGGCAGGUUGCACAGCUGAUUUCCGCAACCGGGACCACGAUACCUUCCUGGCUGUGCGCUACUCUCGGGGCCGCCUGACGGUGAUGACUGACUUGGAGGACAAGAACGAGUGGAAGAAUUGCAUCGACAUCGUAGGAGUGCGCCUGCCCACCGGCUACUACUUUGGAGCCUCAGCUGGCACUGGCGACCUGUCUGACAAUCAUGACAUCAUCUCCAUCAAGCUAUUCCAGCUUAUGGUAGAGCACACUCCUGAUGAGGAAAACAUUGACUGGACCAAGAUUGAGCCCAGUGUCAACUUCUUCAAGUCUCCCAAAGACAACGUGGACGACCCCACGGGGAACUUCCGAAGUGGUCCCCUGACAGGGUGGAGGGUGUUCCUGCUGCUGCUGUGUGCGCUCCUGGGCAUCAUUGUCUGUGCAGUGGUGGGUGCUGUGGUGUUUCAGAAGCGCCAGGAGCGGAACAAGCGUUUCUACUGAGUGGCCGACUUGGUUGGAAAGAGCCUGACUUUGGGCCCAGGCGCUAAUGUGAACUUUUUUUUUACUGGGAUCGAAAAAGAAAAACGACGAUCUUAUUUCUUAACCGUUUCAAAGAAAUGAUUAAAGUAUUUUCAUACAUUUUGCUUCUUUCCCAGCAUGGACAAAUGGCAGGGCCAGGGUCAAGGUUCAGCAUCCCCAUAGCUGGAGAUGGAGUCUCUCAGCCCUGCCCUGGGUGACAUCUGAGGGAGCAGGGGCUCUGUACCUGGGGCUGAGGUCCUGGACGUGGUGUUGAACACUGGAGGGCCCCCUAAACCUCACUGGGGUGGCUCCUAAGGACCCAGAGCAGUGGUUUUGUUCUAAGGUGUGUGAUGUGUGUGGUGACAGAUAAGGCCCAUGUUGGGGACCUGAGGCUUCUUGUUCCCCUCUGAGCUUCCUCCCAGGGCAGACCUCAGGCAGGGAUGGAGGAGCAGUUUGGUGGGGCCCAGAGUGUGACUGUUAGCUGAAUAAAGUAAAAUAGCCAACCUUAGUCAUGUGACUGUCCUAAGGAGCUUUUCUUUUUCUUCUGAUAACUUCCAGCCAGCCUCUGCUUUACAGCUUCCAGCGUCAUCCCUUCCGGCCCUCAGCAGAACACUGGCUGGAAGGGAUUGUGGUUGCCCCAUUUCCCAGGUGAAGCAAAACUUGCCCGCUGUCACCCAGCAAGUCGUGUGUUGGGGACAGGACCCUGUGCAAUCUCCCAUAUGCUCCGGGCCUCUUGUUAAAAGGACGGGAUGGGGAGGGCAUGGGGGUACUGUGAAGAGGGUGUGACCACAGCCCAAGCUUCAAGGCUAGGGUGGGGCAGGGUGCAGAGGAGUACAGUGAUGAGGAAUUCUAGGAGACUGGCUGUAUCUGGAAGGGACAGGUGGAGUCAGGACAGGUUGGGCUCAGUGCUGGCAUUUCCUUUGGGUGCUUUGAGGAGGCAAAGGGGAUGCAGAGAAUGGAAGAAAACUAUCCUCUGAAGGGACAGCAUCAUCAUCCAACAGCUUCUACAGUCAUCUCUCCCCAAGUCACUGACCGUGGAGCAGUUGUGUCCCCUUCCAGUCUGACCCUGAUCCCAACUCUGUCCCUCCUUGGGGGCCUUACCAAGUCACUAACUUCAUCAUCUUCCCACUUACAGUAUAGUAAUGGCUGGGUCUCCCAUCUUCCAAAGCAAAGCAAACCUUGCCUGGCUUUUUGUAGUUAGUAUUGUUAAAUAGAAUGAAAGUUAAUGGAGAGUGUAAGAAUUUAUUUUCCCCUUAAUUUUCACGGUCACUCUCGAGAGCCCUUCACUGAUCUAUUAUUAACUGUCUAUGUCCUUCUUGCUGCUUCCUGUCUGAGUACAAAACUCCUUUCCACAGGAUAGAUGUCCAGAGAUUGCUCACAGUGACACAAGGUUUUGCUGUUUCCUUCACAAGUUUGGGAGCCUUCUCACAAAGACUAAAGAGUACUCAUGAUGCUUUGUAUUGAAAUAUUUUAUUAGACACUUCUCAGAACAGCUUUACUUUAGAAAAGCAAACACUGAGUGCUUCCCAUAUGCCAUUCUUCUGAUCAGAUGACAUGUAUUAAUUCAUUUUGCUGAACAACCCUGGAAAUACAUUAGUUCAGGUGGGGGACAUGUCCACACUGAUGUGUCCAAGUGGAUGUGUCCACGGUGAUGUGCAGAGUUUGAGACCUGGAGUCUGGAACUUUAUGGCUGAUGGAACUGUGUCAUCAUUGCCUGAACGUUAAUUUUUGAUUCUAAUCCAGCCCUCCCUAAAUUCCUGGGGAUUAUCAAGCAAAUUGGUACUGUGUGGUUCUCAGUGUUUGCUGCACGUUAGAACCACUUGGAGAACUAAGAGCCCCUUGCAUUCUCCAGGUCUGGCUUAGGAAGAUGUGGAGCAGAACAAGAGCAGUGUUAAGAGACCUUCUGGUGGUUCCAAUGAGUAUCCGGUCUGGGACACUAGCAAGUGUUUGGUGAGUGGAGAGCAGAUAUGAAAGCAAUCUUGCUGGUCAGCUUCACUGUCAGGAUGGGAUGAACUUUCCAUUGGAACAUGGCAUGUUUGCACCUGGGAAAAAGUUGAUUGUUGCAAACCUCAUACCUACAGUUCUUCCCUAGAAGGUUUGACACAUCUUCAUUUUCACACAAGAGUGUAAUGCCAUAAUUAAGUUUUUGCCAUGUACUUUAAAAAAUGGGGUUGAUUAUACAAAAGUUAAAUAUAAAGGUAUUAUCCAUGUACCUACUGUGCAGUGUGAGAAUAAGAUUGCCACCCCACUUGGAUCCAUCUUUCCCUUCUCUCCAGAGGUGAUCACUGCUAAACUUGACUUUUCUGUUUCUUAAAAAUGUUACCGUGGGGCCAGGGAUUUAGCAGGGGAUUUAGCUCAGUGGUUCCGCCUCCUGCCUGGAAAGCACAAGGUCCCAAGUUCAAUCCCCAGUACUGAGAAAAAAAAAAAGUUACCAAGUGAAGUUAUGUAUCACUUAAGUACAUUGCAUUGUUUUGGAUUUUAAAAAACUUUAGUGGUAUAUGAAUGUAUUCCUCAGCUUAUAAAGCUCAACAUUGCUGGUGACACUUUGGGUAACAUGUAGCUUAGGAUGUAUCUUCCUUGUCAUGCUCUAUGGUGUGAAUAGACUACAGUUUCUCUGUUUUACUACUCCUCAUCAUUAAAUGUUUCCAGGUUUUAGCUCUUAGAUGUUGCUAUGUGCUACACAUUUUCUUGAACAUGUCUAUACUUUCAGACAUAAAAUUGCUGGAUUGUAACAUUGUUGCAUUUUUAUUAUUACUAGCUGGGGCCACCAUUGCUGUCCAAAGCAGGUUAUGUCCUUUUCCUCCCACUGUGGUGGAUGGCUGCUGAGAUUCCCCUCUGACUACUAAGCAUUUGAUGUCAGAAUUUUCAAUGUUUGACAAUCAGAUGGGUGCAAAGGUUUUAGUUUCUAUUUCUUCAGAAAUCAGUUUGAAGAUGUUUAUUGUGUAAUUUCUUCCAUAGUACUUUAUUUUGGCCUCCUUUUUCUUUUUAUUACUGGUGUACAAUUUUCUCGUGUAGCAAUCCUCUGGCUAUAUGCUUUACAGAGAUACCUUCCAAUGUGCUUUGCUUUUUAUUUUGUAAUGAUCGGAUUUAAUGUAGUGUCUGCAUUUGCGUGUCAUUUACUAAUCUUUCCCAAAGAUUGUUUUUUCUAAGAAUUUAUGUUUGUGUGCCUCUGCGUAUGAAAGGGGUGGGGGAAGAGUUAAUUUGUUAAUUAUAUGGGAAUCGAACCCAGGGCCUUACAUUGCCAGGCCUUUUGUAUUUUGAGACAGAGUCUCACCAAAGUUAGCAUUUAAUCUACUUGGAAUUCAUUUUUGUAUGUAUUUUGUGUGAGAUAGGGAUUCCAUUUUCCCUGCUGUCUCUAACCAGUUGUCUCAGCAACAUCACUCAUCCUUCCCUGCUGAGGCCCCCAAAGCAACCACUGCUAGUGCUGUCCCUUGCUCUUCUCCUCUUAGUGGCUGGAAGGCUGAGUAUUCAGCUGACCUGCCCAGCUUCCCCCCAGCUAGAGUGCACAUGUAAAGGUUGUGGCUAAUGAAAUGCUGGAGGAAGUCUGCUGAGGAGGUCUCACAUUGGUUUAUUUCCAUGUAAAGAAGCUGGUGUGGCCAUUUGCCCACCCGUCUUCCUGCCUGGAACAUGAAGGGGAUGCAUGAGGGUGCAGAAGCCACCUGUGAUCACAGGGGCUGGAGUGAGCCCAUGGAACUGGCAUGUGAUGGGUCCUUGAUGACAUGGCUGGGGUGCUGCCCAAACCUUGGACUGCUGACUGCUGGGUUUUUAUGUGAAAAAAUAAAUCCUUAUUUGUUCAGA